AGAGUCCGUCCUCUCCGCUUGCCAGAAACCAUUGGAUCCGGGACCGUGCGUGCGUGCCUGCGUGCGUGUGUGUGCGUAAAGUGUUAGUGUGCGCCGGGGCUGCAGCUGAAACCAUCCGGAGGGUUCUGAUCGAGGUGGGCGGAGACUGAAAGCCUGAGAGGUCCUGCAGCGACGCGCCGAACCAUUCCGGACUCCCGCACCCGUCCGAGAAAGGAAACAUCAUGGCUACUACCACUUGUACGCGUUUUACAGAUGAAUACCAGCUGUACGAGGAGCUUGGCAAGGGGGCCUUUUCAGUGGUGCGCCGCUGUGUCAAACUCUGCACAGGCCAAGAGUACGCCGCCAAAAUCAUCAACACCAAAAAGCUCUCGGCCAGAGAUCAUCAGAAACUGGAGCGAGAAGCCCGGAUCUGCAGAUUGCUCAAACACUCCAACAUCGUUCGUCUCCAUGACAGUAUCUCAGAGGAGGGCUUCCACUAUCUCCUCUUUGACCUGGUGACAGGAGGGGAACUGUUCGAGGACAUUGUGGCCAGAGAGUACUACAGUGAAGCAGACGCCAGUCAUUGCAUCCAGCAGAUCCUGGAGGCCGUGCUCCACUGCCAUCAGAUGGGGGUGGUACACAGAGACCUCAAGCCGGAGAAUCUGCUGCUGGCCAGCAAGUGUAAGAACGCAGCCGUGAAGCUCGCCGACUUCGGACUCGCUAUCGAGGUUCAGGGAGACCAGCAGGCAUGGUUUGGUUUUGCGGGGACUCCGGGCUACUUGUCCCCGGAGGUCCUGAGAAAGGAGGCGUACGGGAAACCCGUGGACAUCUGGGCCUGCGGUGUGAUCCUUUACAUCCUCCUGGUUGGCUACCCUCCGUUCUGGGACGAGGACCAGCACAAACUCUACCAGCAGAUCAAAGCCGGGGCGUACGACUUUCCGUCCCCGGAGUGGGACACGGUGACUCCAGAGGCCAAAAACCUCAUCAACCAGAUGCUGACGAUCAACCCAGCUAAGAGAAUCACGGCCCAGGAAGCUCUGAAGCACCCCUGGGUCUGCCAACGCUCCACGGUGGCCUCCAUGAUGCACCGACAGGAGACCGUCGAGUGCCUGAAGAAGUUCAACGCCAGGAGGAAACUUAAG